AUGGAGAGACAGGAUGCCCUCACCCUGGCCGCCCUCCCGCUCCUCGGGAUAUGGUUGCUAGUGGCUCGCAUCCUGUCCAUGCUCACCCCCCUCCUAGCCCCCUGGCUCUCGUACCUGCUAGCACAAAGACUGUACUAUGCCACCCCCUUCGCGGUGUACGCCCUGAGGAGCGGGGGGGGUGCCAAGGCCAUCCUCACCCGGCUAGUGGUGCGACGGUACCUGACCCUGCCCCUGCGUCCCCACCUACCCCACUUCUACAUCGUGGGGUUCCCCAAGUGCGGCACCACUUCCAUGUGCACCUACCUGAAGCAGCACCCGUGCAUAGACGGUCUGGACGGGCUUCCCUACCACGAGAUCUUGGAGAAGUGGGUCGGGCGCGUGUCGGGAUCGGGGGCGGUCGGGACCCUGGGCGGGGGGGAGUCCCACUUCUAUGUUGGGGCCCUGGGCCGCUCCUCCACCACCAGCACCUCGGCCUACCGCUCCUUCUUCCCCACCAUCGUGGCAUCCACCCUGGCGCGCGUCCGCCACGGCAACUGGCUCUGCUUUGACGCCUGCCCCGUGCACGCCUGCCUGCCUCAUGUCCCCGCCCGCAUGAAGGCCAUGACGCCCAACGCCAAGCUGGUCUUCAUGAUGAGGGACCCGCUGGCGGCCGUCAUCUCGGGCGAGCUCAUGCUCCGGGACCUGGGCAUGCCCCUGCAGUGGUCCACGCUGGGCGAGCACGACCUGGCGGGGGACAGCCUGGCCGAGACGGAGGAGGACAGCGCGUACUGGGCGGCUGUCGAGAAGCUGCCCCUUGAUGAACCUCUCCCCGCCGACCUCAUGCAGCGCUUCUACAGCACCACCGACCCGCGGCCCGCGCUGCGCGCCGCCAAGUAUGCCGACUGCCUGGACCGCUUCCUCCGCGCCUUCCCCAAGGAGAACAUGAUGUUCGUAGACUUUGCCGACUUUGUGGCGCAGCCAGAGGCCACCGUGCGCUCCGUGCUCAAGUUCGUGGGCGCCGACGCGGCGCUGCCGGCCUACGCCUUCAAGCCCAUGCCGCCGGGGAUGCAGGGCAAGCCCCGCGGCAGGACGAUGCACCCGGCGGUCAAGCAGCGGCUGCGCCAGUACUAUCGCUCCAGCAACCUGGCCCUGCAACAGAUGCUGGGCAGGUCCCUCUCUUGGUUUGGCGAGGACGUGUGA